AUGACUGGAGACUCAUCCUCUGUCUCUCUUCCCCUCCUGCAGAAAGAUGAGGGGCUGCCUGCAGCAGUGGCUGGAGAGGCUUUUGUGGCUUCCUUUGAGAAGCUUGUUGAUGUGCAGUCACUGGAGCCUCGCAGCAUACUGGUGUUCCUCAGUGACCAGCUAUCACACAGUACCAUUCACCUCUCUGGGGGCGACAGUAACAACAGCACCCUGCUCCUCUCUGGGGGCGACAGUAACAACAGCACCCUGCUCCUCUCUGGGGGCGACAGUAACAACAGCACUCUGCACCCCUCUGGGGGCGACAGUAACAACAGCACCCUGCACCCCUCUGGGGGCGACAGUAACAACAGCACCCUGCACCUCUCUGGGGGCGACAGUAACAACAGCACCCUGCACCUCUCUGGGGGCGACAGUAACAACAGCACCCUGCACCUCUCUGGGGGCGACAGUAACAACAGCACCCUGCACCUCUCUGGGGGCGACAGUAACAACAGCACCCUGCACCUCUCUGGGGGCGACAGUAACAACAGCACCCUGCACCUCUCUGGGGGCGACAGUAACAACAGCACCCUGCACCUCUCUGGGGGCGACAGUAACAACAGCACCCUGCACCCCCUGCUGCUUAUUAAGUUCUUCAUUAUCGUCUGCAGGAAUAUGGAAAACAUUGACCCAGAGAAGACCCCAGGCUUUGUCUUCGAGACCCUUAAACUGUUAAACUUCUGCUUGACUCAGGUAAGACACAACCCUAGAUGA